CACUACGAGAUCAAGUGUAGGAGUGUGUGUUUGUUUGUGUGUCUGAGAGAGACAGACACAGAGGGACUCGCUGGAUAACCACUGUUUUGUGAAGCCAAGAGUAAUUCUCUAGUAACACAAGAGGAAGAGUUGGUGCGUGUUUGCCUCAGAGGAGUUGCAGGGAAAAGUCUGAAGAGAAGGAGUGUGUGGAGGAAGGAAAAAAAAAAGAGACAAGACCCCUAUCGUCCCCAGAGAGCAGGAGGUAAACUGCCGGUAAGCAAAUAUUAAUGACCUGACAAAAAAGCGCACAACAUCAGACAGCCUUACCCCGGAGCGGCGCAAAAGAGGAGCCUGGACAAGCCCCCCUUCACUGCUCUCCACUCACUCAUGAUCAUCACUUCCCCCACACGCAGACACAAGGGCCACGCUGACACAACCAGAGAAGUGGAGGAGAGAAGAGGACACUCGCUCUGUCGUGGGACUUUGUCAAAGUGAAAAGUCUUUCUUGGAUUUUUUUUUCUUUUUUUUUUUUCCAAACACUGAAGCCAGUGUUCUCCCUUUGUGCUGACCUUUCCAAGCCCCCCCUCCCCUCUCCGGAGCAAAGAUGAGCUGCAGGAAAAGAUGCAAGCGGGAAAUCUUCAAGUUCGCUCAGUACCUGUUCAGACUUGUCACGGGCACCCUUAACACCGACAGCGUUGAAGAUGAGCUUGAACUAUCUACAGUCCGCCAUCGCCCAGAGGGCCUGGAACAGCUCGAAGCCCAGACACGGUUCUCCCGCAAGGAGCUGCAGAUCCUGUACCGCGGCUUCAAGAAUGAAUGCCCCAGUGGAGUCGUCAAUGAAGAAACUUUUAAAGACAUCUACGCUCAGUUCUUCCCACAAGGAGAUGCUUCAACAUACGCGCAUUUCCUGUUCAAUGCAUUUGACACAGAUCACAAUGGCUCUGUGAGUUUUGAGGAUUUUGUUAUGGGCCUUUCUAUCCUCCUGCGAGGCACAAUCCAGGAGAAGCUCAACUGGGCUUUCAACCUGUAUGAUAUCAAUAAAGAUGGCUAUAUCACUAAAGAGGAAAUGCUGGACAUCAUGAAGGCCAUCUACGACAUGAUGGGAAAAUGCACAUAUCCUGUCCUCAAAGAGGAGACGCCUCGUCAGCAUGUAGAAGUAUUCUUUCAGAAGAUGGAUAAGAACAAAGACGGAGUGGUAACCAUCGACGAGUUUAUCGACUGCUGCCAAAAUGAUGAAAACAUCAUGCGAUCAAUGCACCUCUUUGAAAAUGUUCUUUAACUUAUGGCUCAUAGCGGAGGCUUUGGAAGAGGACAUCAUCUUUAGCUUGGCCCAAUAACUGACUUGGACUCAUACUGUGUACAGUGUGCUAUGCAGACUUUUGAUCAUAGAUAGAAAUAUUGUUCAUUACUGUGGGCCACAAGUAGGAGUAGGCAAUAUGGUGCGAACACUCUGGAAUGCCUUUUGAACAUUUUGUUGAAUAAAUUGUAGAACUUUAUUACAGAAAACAAAAAAAUGAAUAGAAAAUUCAAGGUUGAUUUCCACCAUUUGUCUCUGGAGUGUCUUUCUAUUUGACGAACGCCGAGUUCUGCAAACUGCAUUAGCCUCCAACAUAAUAAACACACAGGGAAUUUGUGAUGAAGAGGUUUAGUCAGGAUGCUUCUAUCUCUGUUGCAGCCUUGAAAUGUUUUAUUUACUGCCAAGUGAAAUCACUGUGACUUUUUACAGCGUCAAAAACAAAUAUCUGAGAUAACUUCACACCCCUCCCUGUUUUUACAUUCCAAACUCAAUUCCAGAGUGUUCUUACCCCCCUGAACUUAGUUAACCAUUGUGGUCUGUCUUUUUGCUCUUUCAAGGAAGCAUUUAGAGAAAAAAAAAACACAUUUUAAACUGUAUAUAAUAUAGAUAAAGCAUUAGAUAACAACUCUGUGAGAAACUUUUCAACUUCGUGUUUACUUGCCAACUAGAAGGAGACAACACAAGGAUUGUAUUGAUGUCAAAAUCGGACCAUACUCUCGAUGGUUUGUCUACAGAAGCACACAGGUAGCUAUAUUUACCAUGAGUAUAACAUUAGAUAUCUUUUAUCAUAAGAUAAAUGCUGCUUUCGGUGUUUUUCGUUUAACCCUAUGUACUCCCUGUAAAGUAAAUCAUCUAUCAGUAUGUUUUUAUUUUUGUUUUCAAAGCACUGUUUACACUUUGAGCAGUGUUUGCGGUUAUUUAUAUGGUAUCAUGGUCAUUGUACAAAAGGUUGUCGGUUGUACAGUAUUAAAUGAAAGUUUGCUCUCGGGUGAAUUUCAGGUCUUAAGAUUUGUUCAUAGAAUUCACUGUUUUUACCAGAAAAGGAAGUGGGGUUUAGCUGUUGAUACAAACACUGUAACUUUGUUUUAUACUUGUCAUUUUUUGGGUUGUCAGCUAAUUUGCUUCCUGCUGUUUCCCUCCUCCUUCCCCCUCGUCCUCCUGUGGGCCAGAGCCCAGCUGCCCGCACCUAUCAGCCUGAUUGGUUCCUGCUGUCUUUGAUUAAAGCAUUGCUUGGCCCCAUAUGUGAGCAAACACAAGGCAUGCUGAGUAGAAGUCUCACUUAUCGACUGCCUGUUGCUGGUUGGAAACUACUGGAUCACUGAGAGAAGUGUCUGAACAUUAUAGCAGAUGACCAACGACCUCUGUUGACCCUCCUAAUCAAAGAACAUGAGAGGAAUCCAAACUUGGACUUCACACUUUGCACGUGGGAGAAGUUUCAGCUGAUUGAUAUCUUCGAUCCUCACCGCAAGACGCCUCUAAUUUCUGCACACUGCUCCUUAAACUCGCCAUUGUUUCUUGGAUGAUACAUUGUUGACGUGAUCAGUGCUUGUUCUGGUUUUAAAUAUAACAUGUUUCAAAUCCAUGUAAA